AGGCGGAUCAUUGUUCGACUCGUAUCAACCGCUCUCACUGGAUACUUUUACACAACCACCAGGCUGAGAACAGCGCCAAAGCUGUCCUUCAUGAAAUAUGACCCAAAAGUGAGACGUCAUGUUUUAUUCAUGGAGGGCAAGAGAUCGAGUCAAUGA